GUCCCCCAGCUCAGCCAGGCCAGCAGCAUCUGCAAGGUCCCCAAUGGCCCUGCCCUUUUCCUUCCUGGUGGCCCUGGUGGCUCUCAGCUGCAACUCCAUCUGCUCUCUGGGCUGUGACCUGCCUCACACCCACAGCCUGGUUAACGAGGAGACCUUGGUGCUCCUGGGACAAAUGAGAAGGAUCACCCCUUUGUUCUGCCUGAAGGACAGCAAGGACUUUGGGUUCCCCCUGGAGGCGUUCAGUGGCAACCAGUUCCAGAAGGCUCAAGCCACUUCUGCCAUCCAUGAGAUGAUCAGGCAGACCUUCCACCUCUUCUGCUCAGAGGGCGUGAUUGCUGCUUGGGACAAGACCCUCCUACACCAACUCUGCAAUGGACUUGAUCAGCAGCUGAGGGACCUGGAAGCCUGUCUGACGCAGGAGAUGGGGCUGGAAGAGGCUCCCCUGAUGAGUAAAGACUCCAUCUGGGCUGUGAGGAAAUACUUUGAGAGAAUCACUUUCUACCUGCAGGAGAAGCAGCACAGCCCUUGUGCCUGGGAGAUUGUCAGAGCAGAAAUCAGAAGAUCCUUGACUUUAUCAGCAAACUUGGAGGAAGAGGAGAUUGUGCAGUAAGGAGGGACACCUGGCUCAGCAUGGACAUGAUUCUCCCUCCCUAAUAAUAUCACACUUCCUCCUGUUCUGCCAGGUCCAACUUCCUUUGUUUCUGCUCUGAUCUUCUCAUGAAUGAAAUCGAUUUGUUAAAAGUUUCCAGGAAUAGUAAGUCAAAUCCUGUUCAGCCUUACAGGCACCAGUGGCUUACAGAGGCCUAUGCUGAUGUUUUGUUACAUUUAUAUGUAUGU